AUGGAUAGCCUCGCCCUCGCCCCCUCUACGGAGCACAAGCGCAGCAGCCGGUUCUGGACCAGCGAGCAACGGCGAGACUCGGUGAUACCGUCCACUCAGAUCGCGGAAGAUCGUAUUCCAGAGCGAAACCCGAAGCACCGGGGGACGCCGUCAAAGGAUGAGCUUCCCGCCUUCCUUGGGCUGGGAUUCGACGAAUUGGGUGUUUCCAUUUGA